UAAAAGGUAAAUAAUAAAGUCGUUUGGGUGUCUUUCCUGCGUCGCUGCUGCUUGGAGGUGUUAAAUAUUUUAAUGUAGAGGGUGCUGGGUACCAGCAGGCAUGCACAGGCGCCAGUAUGGAGCUUCUGAAGCGGGCAGAAACUUCGCUGUGGCUUGGAUUCACUGAGUAACCUGAACGUUGGGGUGUAUUUGCUAACCAACCAACCACCCGACCGUCCGUGCUGUUGAGGCUGUGGAGAAUCUGGAUCCCAUGUGAGAAGAAGUUAACCCAGCUAUUCAGACAAAAGCGCCUGCUUAUCGUAAAUUAUUUUGGAUGAAGAAUUACAGAUGGCCUUAAUCUAAUGGUAUUUCACCUGGAGUCGCAUGAAAGAAACUUGCUGUGUUAAUCUGAAUGACCUCAACAAUCUGCCACUGUGUCCACCACAUGUUUUGGCAACAUGGCUCAGAGAAAUGGAUAUAUCAUUAUGGUUGCAGUGCCAGAAAUGGUUCUGGAAAAGUGCCUGCUCUGACAGAGUUUCAAAAGUACUGAAAAUUCAAAAAUUGCUGUGGAAUAGAGGACCUUAUUAGGACGAAGCUCUGAGUUUCUAGUGCCAUCACAUCCUCUUCUCUCAUCCUCUUCACUCCUCUGCCUGGGACAUCACUGUCGUUCAUCAAGCCACAUUUUCAGCAUCUCCAAUAGCACCAAGUUAACAGCUCAGCAUACAGUCUGACGCACCUGCAAGCCCUGGUGGUGUUUUAUCAGAAGUCGCUGUUUUUUCGAGAAUGGCCCGGUUUCGUUUUUUCACAAUCGUUCUGGCUGGAGUCUGCAUUCUUCUGUGUCCUACAGCUGAAGCAGCUGGACAGAACCCAGACCACGUCCUGCAGGGAACGGGUGUGAAGCAUGGCCCUGACUCGAGAAGGUCAGGGGUGGAUUCGACUGUGGAGCCAGAGGACGCUGCACGCUUCCUGAGCUGCUACUGCUCAGGCCACUGCCCGGAGGAUUCCAAGAACAACACGUGUCUGACAAAUGGACAGUGUUUUGCAAUUAUUGAAGAGGAUGAAAAUGGAGAGGUUUUUCUAAGCUCUGGCUGCAUGAAGUAUGAAGGCUCACAUUUUCAGUGCAAGGAUUCACAGUAUGCACAGACAAGACGAACCAUUGAAUGCUGUGGGUCUGACUUCUGUAAUCGGGAUCUGAAGCCAGAGCUGCCCCCUCGAAACCCAGAGACAUUCUUCGGUCCUCAUUGGUUGGCAUUUUUCAUCUCAGUCACUGUGUGCUGCUGUACCCUUGUCUGCGUCACUGUGAUCUGUUACUACAGGUAUAAGUGGCAGACAGAGAGGCAGCACUACCACAGAGACCUGGAACAGAAUGAAGACCUCAUUCCAGCUGGAGAGUCUCUCAAAGACCUAAUCAACCAGUCACAGACCUCAGGCAGUGGUUCUGGGCUCCCUCUGCUGGUCCAGCGCACCAUCGCAAAGCAGAUCCAGACAGUGCGUCUGAUAGGGAAAGGCCGGUACGGGGAGGUGUGGCUGGGACGCUGGAGAGGGGAGAAAGUGGCAGUGAAGGUGUUCUUCACUCGGGAGGAGGCCAGUUGGUUCAGAGAAACUGAAAUCUACCAAACUGUUCUUAUGAGACAUGAAAAUAUACUGGGAUUCAUAGCAGCAGACAUAAAUGGUACAGGAACCUCCACACAGCUCUACCUGAUCACAGAUUACCACGAAAAUGGCUCUCUCUACGACUACCUGAAGUUCACCACCCUGGACACACAGUCUCUGCUGAAACUGGCCUACUCUGCAGCCUGUGGCCUGUGCCACCUCCACACUGAGAUCUACGGCACACAGGGCAAACCUGCCAUCGCCCACAGAGACCUGAAGAGCAAGAAUAUUCUCAUAAAGAAAAAUGGCACAUGCUGUAUUGCAGACCUGGGAUUGGCAGUCAAAUUCAACAGUGAUACCAAUGAAGUGGACGUUCCUCUGAGCACUCGAAUGGGAACUCGCCGCUACAUGGCUCCAGAGGUUCUAGAUGAGACCCUGAAUAAGAACCACUUCCAGGCCUACAUUAUGGCUGAUAUUUACAGCUACGCUCUAGUAAUUUGGGAGAUGGCCAGACGCUGUGUCACAGGAGGAAUAGUUGAGGAGUACCAGCUGCCAUACUAUGAGAUGGUCCCUCCAGACCCUUCUUAUGAAGACAUGCUGCAGGUAGUGUGUGUCAAAGGACUGCGGCCAACUGUGUCUAACAGGUGGAACAGUGAUGAGUGCUUGAGGGCCAUGCUGAAACUAAUGUCCGAGUGCUGGGCACACAACCCUGCCUCCCGCCUCACCAUUUUAAGAGUCAAGAAGACAUUAGCCAAAAUGGUCGAAUCGCAGGACAUUAAAAUCUGAGCCGCAACCUAAUUCGGACUGUUGGCGAGAACAGUGGCCAUUGUUCGACUCGUCACUUCUUAUCAUUAACGUGUGCUCUUAUCUGUGGAGAUGAGAUGAUAUUAAUGUGAGAGACCACGUCAUAUGAUGUCCUGCAAAAUGAGGAUUGCGAGAGGUCAAAAUCAGACACUGAACACACUCUCGGUUCAGGUUUAUGCCGUCUUCGCUCCUUUCCUGCUUGACCUGUGGAAUAAGACAUGGAGCCAUUUUUUUUUUUGCUUUCUGUGAAAGCUGUACAAUUACGGGCUUUGAAAGAAGGUGAUUUGAACAGAUUUAAACUGCCGAGAUGAAUCCUCCUAAAGUCUUGGAGUGGGAGAAGAAAAGAUGUGGGAACUGACCUUUCUGCCUUAGCGAAAUUCACACCAAGCCAGUUGUUUUUGUGUGGGACGUGUAUGCAUUCGUCUCUUACUUUCUGGGAUAAACUUCAAUUCCUGCCAUAUGGAAAACUAUUCAUGAUUAUUUGCAGAGUGAAUAUACAUUGACUGUAAUAAUAAAUAUGUAAAUAAAAUUAUAAUAUUAGACUGUAUGCAAAGUAAAUAGAGCAAGAAAUUAAUAUAGUGGUCCAAAGGGCCACAGAAUGCGUUUUAGACUGUCGACAAAAUGGUUCCCAUUUACUGUGUUUAGUUGAUAAGGCAUGAUAGCAUUCAGCAGUUACAGCUCGGAGCUGUUUCACACCGGUUGCUAUAAGAGGUAUACCUAGACUAACUCUUACGAUAAUUACACAGUUAAAGUCUGUAUUUCUCAUUUUUUAAGAAAAUAUUUUAUUAUAACAUUUAAAGGAAAACCACCUUGUAAGUCCUAAUUGGAUAUUUAUUAUGUUAUUUUAUUUUUUUUUGUUCUGUUUUAUUUUUUUUCUGUUUUCUGACUGCAUAUUAAAAAGGAUUUGACAUCAUAAACACACACCCUUAAAAUGCCAGCUUUCCCAUCAGGAAAACUCAUAAUUAUUGUUUAGUGCCACAGAAAAGACCAUUUCUCCCAACAACAAAAAAAAACACAAUAGAAAAAACAAGAUAUUCUGUUUUUCUUUCUAUUCAGCUAUUUGAUAAAUCUCUGCACACAGAAUGUAUAAAGAUUUAGUGCCAGAAUAAGUAUGCUGCUUCGUCAAAUAUUGCCAACUCGUCAAUUUACUGAACAGUCAAUGGGCACUGCUAUUCAAAUUGCACAGCAAUCUGCAUUUUCUAAAGUAAAUUUAUACAUCCUCUACAAAGAACACAAUUCUCCAUAUUUUAAUGUUAUUCCAUUGAGGUAUUGUUUGUUAUUUGCAUAAUUUAGCAUACAUGUUUAGUAUGUACAAAAGUUACAGAAAAGAAAUUGUGCUCCAACGUGAACAAAUGUCAGAUACAUGACAUCCAUUUUGUGUAGAGAAUUAAUUCACUUUUUUACACCUAGAAAGUAAAACAAACAUGAGCCCAUAUCUGUAUUAGAGAACAUGUGUCCUGAAGUUCUUCAUAUCAGCCCAUUUCUGUACUAAUUAAAGUAAUUUGUGGCCUAAAGCAGCACAUACAAAAGAGCAGCAAGAGGUUUUCCCAUUCAAACAUGAUAAAAGCCCUGUUUAUAACUUUUAUUUAUCUAAAUUAGCCCUGUAAAAUGGGUGACCCUCAGCACAAGGCUGACCUCUAGUGGGGGCUGAGUUAAUACAGUACAUAUGCAUGACCCUUUAUUUUUUCUUUAAUUAAUGUGUCUGUUGUUUGUUUUACUUUAUUUUGCUUAUUUUCUGGGAAAUUCUGCACCCUUGGAGCCUUCACAAUUGAAAUGUAGCAUCUGUGAAAUGAUGUACAUCUAUAUAAAUGUGCUUUGCCAUAGCCUUACCCAGCCCUCUCCUGUGUUCUAUAAUGCAUAGGUACUAAAAGAGAACACACUAUAGUAUGUAAUUAUCACACAUUUUUAUAUAGCUCCUGGUUAAAUGGGUGCCUUAUGAGUUUGCCAAGAGAAUAUGAAUACUAUGUGCUUAAUGUUUGUCUGUUGUAUUCAGUAAAUACUCCAUUUUACUACA